AUGAGAGAGACAUUGCAUGUAUUAUUUAUUGAUUCAUAUGACUCCUUCACAUAUAAUCUAGUAAGACUAAUUGAACAGCAAAAUAUCGGAGAUAAUACUUCCAUUAAAAUUAUAACCAUUCAUAAUGAUACCAUCACAACGAAACAAGAAUUGAUUCAGUAUGCAAAAAUUUUCGACGCUAUUGUGGUGGGACCGGGCCCUGGAAAUCCAAUCAAUGGAACAAACGAUAUAGGUGUAAUAUCUUCAUUAUUUUGUGACGAAUUACAAGAUGUCCCCAUCUUGGGCGUAUGUUUAGGUUUCCAAGCGUUGUGUUUUUAUCAUGGUGCUAAAAUUGAGGAAUUAAAGACGAUAAAACAUGGGCAAGUAUAUCCUAUCACGAUCAAAUCCGAUAAUGAUGAACUCUUCAAGGGCAUCCCAUCUCAUUUCAAAUCGACUAGAUAUCAUUCUUUGCAUGUCACAAAUAUAACGCCUCAAAUUGUCCCAUUGGCAACUACUACUGAUGAAAAUGGGGAACUUUUGAUGGCUGCACGAAUUAAAGAUAAACCUUGGUAUGGUGUUCAAUAUCAUCCUGAAUCAUGUAGUUCGGAAUUUGGAGAAUUCUUAAUAAGUAAUUUCCUAUCACUUGCUAUUAAGAAUAAUAAAACCUUGGGAAGGACCAACUGGAGAAACGAAUCUAAAUGGGCAUCACAAUCUAAUCCUGAAUUGGCAUCGAAAUCAAUGUUCAAAGCUCUAGAGAAGAAAAUUGAUAGAAGUACCAUUUACGAUAAGAAAUCCAUCAUACAGAGCAAGGAAGAAGAAGAAGAAGAUUUAAUCACAAUGAACCAGUAUAAUGUUACAAAGGAUCCUCAAUUUACAUUUAAAUUAUGUGAUAAAAUACGUGAUCAUAAAUUCAUUAUGGCAUCUUCUUCUGUAUCUAAGAAUAGAGGAGAAUGGUCUAUAAUUGCCCUUCCCAACGAGAAUUCAAAAGUAUUUACUCAUUAUAAUGAUCUGAAUAAAACAACCAUUCACAAGUGGCAAGAUAAAUAUGUUACUUCAAAAAUCAUGCAGGAACGACUUCAUCAAGAAUUAAAAAAUGAGAAGGUACAAGGUAUAGAUGUAAUUUCAGAGGAUAAAUCACAAUUUUGGACGACAAUAGGGGAAUUUAUGAAAUCACAUCUGAUUCCAACCGCUCGAAUGGAUUUACCUUUCAUAGGAGGUUUGGUUGGUAUAUUAGGAUAUGAAAUGGGUUCCUUUGUGAAAAAUAACAAAUGUGACGAAACUGUUGAUCUUACCCUUAAACCCGAUGCUAAAUUGGUAUUUAUUGAAAAUACUAUUUUAAUAAAUCAUGAAACAGGGGAACUAUAUACAAUCUCUUUGAAAGAUAAUUUCCCUCAUAACAUAACUGCCUUGUUAGAUAAGGAACAUUCCCUUGACGAGGUACAAAAUACGAUAUUGCCCUGGGAAAGGGAAUUACCGAAGGAUAUAAAUUAUGAAAUUAUGAUGCCUGAGAAGAAAGAUUAUACAACAGCGUUUAAUAAGUGUCAAGAAUAUAUGCAUAAGGGCGAUUCAUAUGAAAUAUGUUUAACUACACAAACGAAAGUGAUACCUUCAGAAUGGAUAUCUCCAUGGAGGAUAUUUCAAACUUUAAUUCAACGAAAUCCAGCACCAUUUUCUAACUUUUUCCAAUUUCAAGAUAUUAUUGAUGAUAAAAAUCCAGUGGUAUUAUUAAGCACAUCACCUGAAAGAUUUCUUAAAUGGAAUAAAGAUACGUGUGAAUUACGUCCAAUUAAAGGUACUGUUAAGAAAACCGAAGAUAUGACAUUAGAGAAAGCCACAUCUAUAUUGAAGACACCAAAAGAAUUUGGGGAGAAUUUGAUGAUUUUAGACCUGAUUCGUAAUGAUCUCUAUGAACUAUUGCCUGAUGUUAGGGUGGAGGAAUUUAUGUCUGUUGAAGAAUAUGCUACUGUUUAUCAGUUGGUAAGUGUUAUCAAAGCUUAUGGUCUUAAUGAGAGCAAAUAUUCAGGGAUAGAUAUCUUAAAGCAUUCAUUGCCUCCAGGAUCGAUGACUGGGGCACCUAAGAAGAUUACGGUAGAAUUAUUACAAGAAGAUAUUGAGAAGGGCUUGAACAAGGAUAUUUAUAGUAGUAAUCGUGGAAUAUAUAGUGGUAUUUCAGGGUAUUGGUCAGUGAAUGGUAAUGGUGAUUGGUCUGUAAAUAUUCGAUGUAUGUAUUCGUACAACAAUGGGAAAACAUGGCAACUGGGAGCAGGUGGAGCCAUAACAGUUUUGAGUACGCUGGAGGGUGAAUUAGAAGAGAUGUAUACGAAAUUAGAGACUGGUUUACAAAUAUUCACGUAA